CAGGAUUGCAAGCCAAUGGUUUAUGAAUGGACAGGGAAGUGUCGUAGUUGCCAAGGAACUGGUUUAGUCAGCUACUAUAACAAAAAGGGCAAAGAAACCAUCUGCAAAUGCAUACCUUGCCUUGGGAUCGCAGGAUAUGUGCAGAAGAUAACAGCACGCACGGAUAUUAGUGUGAUGGAAGACUUGGAUAAUGGAAAACCACCGUGAUAUGUAUUCAAAUGCAUUCUUAUACUCCAGGAUUUCCUUUUGCUCUUUUUCUAACCCCAGGAUUUCCUUCCGAGGAAACAUUCAUAAAGAUUUAGCAUUUAUUGUACUCUUCAGUCAUUGUAGCUCAUGAUUACAACUUGUAUAAAAUUCUAUUAUAUCUGUUAAUAAGGAUGACCUUGUACCAAGAAAUUUAAGAAACAGCAUCAAGUAAACACAUCUUAACUUGCUCAUAUAGCGAGGAUAAGAAUGUAUUCUUCUCUUGCUACUGUUUUCCACUUUCUGGAAUCACCCUUUGCACUUUAUUCCUCUUAUCUAUUAAUGAGAAUCUAGAUUGUGUGCUUUGCAAAUCAUCCAGGAGUCAAGUUAUUCUGCAUUAUCAUUUAAGCAUCAGAAUAUCUUCAAACCAUUUAUUAUACAGAACCUGGGGUGCUGGAUCGCGGUGCCUUUGUAUAUUAUAGUCUCUGGAGUUGUCUCAAACCUCAACCUCUUGUGCACUUUCUUCACCCAAAGACCAAGCAGAAGAUGAUGUCGAGUUUUAGCUUUCUUGAUAUCCAAUACAACCUUUCCAAGAGAAAAUUCUUGAGGAAACCUUCAAGGAUGUUUUCAAGAGACAAACAAAACUCGGGGGUAUUUCCAAUCUACUGGCCAAAUAUGGAAGAGCUGAAGCAAGUAUUCAACAAAUUUGAUGCCAAUAAAGAUGGCAAAAUAUCCCCAGAGGAGUACAAGGCUAUACUGAAGGCCUUGGGUAAAGGAAACCUUCUUACGAAAGAAGUGCAGAAGAUAUUUGAGGUUGCAGAUUUGGACGGAGAUGGAUUCAUCGAUUUCAAUGAGUUUGUGGAAGCACAGAAGAAGGGAGGUGGGGUGAAGACAGUUGAUCUGCAACGUGCUUUCCAGGCCUUCGACAAAGAUAAUGAUGGGAAAAUAACAGUAGAAGAAGUGUAUGAAUUGCUGCAGAAGCUUGGGGAACGGUGCAGCAUCCAAGAUUGCCGGAAAAUGGUACAAGCUGUAGAUACCAAUGGGGAUGGUGUGAUUGACUCGGAUGAAUUUAUUGCUAUGAUGACUAAAACCAUGAUCAUAUGCUAGAUGAAUAACUCUCGAGGAAUGCAAGUUAGUCUAGUCCACUAAUCAAUUUCAGAAAUACUGUGUAUGCAUACUUCUAUUUGUAAUUUACUUAAAAGAGCAAUGAUCCAUAAAAUAUAAUUGUAGUCAGUAUUAUGAAUGAGUUAAAUGGAUAACAAACGACAA